AUGGCUUACAAACUCCUGAUCACAACUAUUGGUGAAAAUUUGUACGGAGAGUUAGUGAACAAAAGAGAUGUUAUUCAUCAACAUCUUGCAUCUACAGCUUUGGACGAUAUUGAGGUGUCGUCUGGAGAUCAUCAUUUGCUGAUCAGAUGUUCGGACACAAUUUUUGCCGCUGGAAGCAAUUUCUUUGGUCAGCUUGCACUUGGCCAAUCUGUGAAGCAAGCAGAACUUGGUAUUGUUAAUUAUUUUACUUCCUCCAACAUUAAGGUAAAGAAAAUUAUUUGUAAAUACAAUCAAACUUUUUUUUUGACCGAAAAGGGAGAGGUUUUUGUGGUCGGCUUUAAUGAAGAAUGCAAUUUAGGAUUUAAAUCUAAAGGCUGCAACAUCUUUGACGUAACCAAGGUUGCAGGAUCUGUUGAGGGUAAAAUAAUAACAAAAAUUGGAGUGGGAAGAUAUCAUUGCCUUUUGUUGGAUAAAGAUCAUAGAGUUUAUGUUGCUGGUCAACAGGAUAAAGGACAACUAUUCCUACCAACCAGCCAAAAAAGAACAAGUUUUAUCACUGAAAAUGAAGGGUUGAGAAAAUACUCAAUUGACGAGAUUGGGUGUGGUCAAUUCUUUUCUGUUGCGCUAUCCUCAUCCCAGCUAAAAAUCCUUGUUUGUGGGAUGGUGGCAGGAUCUAAAAAACCUCUCUUUGAGGAGUAUAACUUUAACGAAUUAAUAGGAUUCUCCAAGGAUUUUUCCUUUCCAUUCAUUUCUGUGUCUAUUAAUUGUUGCAACAACUACUGUGUUAUCAGGGCUUUCUGCGAACACAAAUUGUUUAUUGAUGAAGACAUUCUUUUGAAAUGGGACGGUACUGGGAUGUAUGAGCUAUCUGGUUCUGUUGCCAAGUGCAUAAGGGAGCAGAUAUUAAGAAUAACAUCAGGAUCAAAGGCGGUAGCUUUCGUCACCGAUUCUGGAAGAGUGUACUUGCAAGAAGAAGAGUUUUCCGAAAACAAAAUUAGUCCCACUUUGGUGUUCGCAACUGUCUCGUAUAGCUCUGUUUUGGAGGCUUGCACAGAAAAGGGAGUUGUAAUGAUAACAAAAACAAGCUAG